CCGCUGCUGCCGCCGCCGCCCGGGUCGGAGCCAAUCGCUUCGCCGUUCCCCGGGGCCGAAGUCCGUCGUGCUACCAGGCGGCCCCUCGCGGAGCCUGUCGCCAGCGGCAUCACCCGGACCGACGGCGAACUCUGCGGUCAAAGCGCCGACACCUGCCAGUCACUGCAGUCGCCGCUGCCUAUUCCGUCGGAACUGCAGCAGUCAAGGAGGAGACGUAGGCCGGUGCGGCCGAGCACGUCUGACAGGAUUCCUCCUCCAUUCCCCUGGGCUGGAGAUCACCGCGCCACCGUGCGGCCCCUUGCAGAGCUCUCUGCCAGCGGCAUCACCCAGAUCAAGGGCGAACUCUGCUGCCGAAGUUGCGACGCCCACGAGGUGGUGACCUACGACCUGCUGUCCAAGUUCGAGGAGGAUGUGAAGCCGCUGUACCGGCGGGUGCAGGAGUACGAGAGUGACCGCGCGUCGGACAGUCUGCUAAACCCGAAGUACAGGGACUGCCCGUCAUGCGGGCUGCAGAGGGGGAUGCGGCCGGUGGUGGCGCAGAGGAAGCGGGACAUCAACUGGCUGUUCAUGCUGCUUGACGGCACCCUCGGCUGCCUCAACAUGAAGAUCCUCGCCUACUUCUGCCGCCGCAACGGCUGCCACAGCACCGGCGCCAGGGACCGCAAACUCUACUAUGCCUUCACCGGCCUCUGUGUUCAGCUCAUGCGGAAUCAAGAAUAAAUUCUUUUUUCUUUUUCUUUUUUUUUUGAGAGAU